AUUCCCGACCUAGCACUGGCGCCGCUGCGCACCUGAAAAGAUUGUGCACAGGUGGGGUUGUACAAUGCCACUUUUCCGGGUUUUCACGGCAUUCAGCCGUCCAGCGUUUAGUGUGCCUGCGGCCUGCAUACCGUUGUUUGUAAGGGCGGUCAACGCGCUGUCUGCUCUCGCGCCGUUAACCGUUAUUUGCUGACCGUCGGAACUUGUGUCUCUGCUGUGCAACAGACUGAAACUAUCGCCCGCAGUGGCCUUGACGCGCGCGCGUCCCGUGAAGAAAGCGUUGACAGUCGCGGUUCUGUGACAACUGAGGGCGUGGGCUGCACAAGUUCGAUCUCCUCGUGUCUGUCGUUUCUAAAACUUCAGGGAUGUCGCAAUUUUCUGCAAAACGGUACGGCACCGCUGGAUAUCCUUCGGACGACGUCGUGAUUGAGCUGGAGCGGCUGUGGAGGCCCAUCUUUGAUAAGUAUGACCGUGAUCACGACGGCGAGAUUCCUCUCGAGGAUAUCCUGCAGCUGUUGCACGAACAAAAUGCGGAACUUCAGCACGACAUUCCUCCAAGCGUCCUCGAGGAAAUCGUGGAGAGAGCAGACUGGGACUCCAACCGAAAACUAUCUUAUGCAGAAUUCAAAAGAAUGGUACACGCCUCUGACUUGGGUGAACACAGACCACGGUUCCUAAGACUGGUUCGCUAUGCUGCGAUGGCAGUUGUUCCUAAAAAACAGCGAGCCACGGUGGUGCGUCGAUACCUUGACGAGUAUAGCUGUAUGCCACCACCUCUCUUCGUGAUCACUGUCAGCCUCGUUGAGGUUGCCGUGUUCAUAUACUAUUGCGUGACCCUUGGAGAGUUCACAGCCACAGGCCCAGUGCCAAGGGAUAGCCCACUCAUCUACAACCCCCGGCGACGAAAAGAAGCUUGGCGUUACCUCACCUACAUGUUUAUACACGUUGGUGGCUUCCACAUCUUUUUCAACCUUCUUGUGCAGCUCAUUCUUGGAAUUCCACUUGAAAUGGUCCACAAGUGGUGGAGGGUCAUGCUUAUUUAUGCUGGUGGAGUGGUGGCUGGAUCACUUGGAUCAUCACUGUCAGAUCCAUAUGUUUUUCUUGCUGGUGCUUCCGGCGGCGUGUAUGCCCUCAUCGCAGGUCAUCUGGCCACACUUAUACUGAACUUCAAAGAGAUGGACUUCGCCUGGGUUCGGAUCCUCUUCCUGACGAUAUUUGGCAGCACGGACGUGGGAGUGGCCGUGUACACACGCUACAUGGAGGAAGAUGAGGAUAAUCGUGUGAGCUAUGCCGCUCACCUGGCGGGUGCGACGGCAGGCCUGCUGCUUGGCCUGCCCCUGUUGCGCAAUAUUGUCAUUCAUCGCUGGGAGGUGAUCACGGGGCGGGUCUUCUUUGCCGUGUUUGUCGUGCUCAUCCUUGCCGCCGUCCUAGUGAACGCCCUUUACCAGGAGUACUUUCCAAAGUCAGAAAUGUGAAGGUAUGGGGCCAGAGUACUCUGAAGAGUUUGUUCGCUGAAGGUAAGCGCACAGGUGAUCCUUGCUGCUCGUAAGAGAUUGUCACCUUUCCUUCUUGUAAGAAUGGCCAACCAGGAGUUUGCUGGGGGAAAAAAAUGCCUCGAGCGAGGGUACAGUUUUGCGCAGCAGGAAUAAUCGAUGGCCUAUUCGCAUAAACUGCGGCAUUGCUGCAAAGAAAGAGCUAUGAUCACUGCCUUUGAUGCGUACAGCCAUGAGAACUUGUGCUUUCAUCUUUAUGUUUGGCAGGAUGAACAUGCUUUUUCUGAUUGCAAAGAGAAAUGUAGCAUCCCAAGCACUGACCGGCUAUUUGUAUUGUCAGUCUUUGCCAGAUCAGUGCUGUAUUUCUGCAGUGCUGCUAGUCUAUUUUUAUUGUCAGUGUUUCACUGUCCGUGCUUCUGGAAGUCGGAAGAUGUCGCAAUAACUGAGCAAUACGGGUGGGUAAAUGGCAACAGGUUUGCCAUUGGCUGUGUAGAUUUUAAGAAAAUGGAGUCAUCACACUGCAUGUUUCCCACUGUGUCUUAGGCAACAUACAUUGGCCUGACAGUACUGCAAUGUAUCCUGUGUACUACCAAAAACCAGUGACUCUAUCUUAAGUGAGACAAUUCUAGGUAAAAAGAGCCUAAUGUCUUUCAUUGCUGGAGUGGCUUAGCACAGCCUGAUUUCUGCAGACUAAGGCAUAAUUUGAACUCUUGGGCACUAUUAUCACAUUUAAUGUGUUUAUGCCCCAGUCCGGUUCAAUCAUGUAAAACAAGCACAUUUGUUGCGCUGACCGGAACCCCGAAACUUGAGCCUCGAAAUAGGUGAUAGCAAAUGUCAUUGCUAAGCUGCAAAUGUGUGCUAUUGAAAACUGCUACUUUCUGUCACUAGGCUGCAUGUUAUGGUGCUACUGUCAGCUUGGAAAGUUUCGAUGGUGGCUCGCUAUAAAGGGAGUUGUGGUUCAAAUAGAAAAACUAUAGCCUAGUUAGGUGUAACAAGGGCCAGAUGAGUAUACACUCUCUACAUGCUUAUUUCGAGCUAUAUGUAACUUUGAAGAAUAACAUAUGGCAGGUAACAUUUGAAAACUUGUCACUGAAUCACCUUACCUCUCAAGAAGUGAUGGGCCAGUAUAGCUUGAUGUAGCGAGCCUCUUUCAUAAGAGUUAGCAGUCCUAACUGCAAUGCAUGAACAGCUGUCCUGUCAUACUCAGAGUGUAUAGGGGCUUAUCAUCAGUUUUAAAAGUUUAUAGGACAUGACACCUUGCCUAUUUUGCGCCAUGUGUGUUCUUUCACAAGUUUAGAGGGAUGAUUUAACAAGUUUUUCUUCAAACCUGAGAACACGUUGAAUAUUUCAAUGAAUACUUCCUAAGUAAUUUUUGGAAAGGACCUAUAAUAUAAUAGCGUAAUGUUUGCUUUACACAUACUCCCUCAACUGAAUGUUCCAUCUCAGCUGGGGCAGUGCCAAUAGCUCCUGCAGUGGUGGAACAGCUGCACCAAAGACGCCAAAUUGCGCCAAGCGCAGUUCCUCUGCACCUUCCUGCUCCAAAACUGCAUCUUAGCGGGAAAUUGCACCAAGCCUGCGCCAAAAAAGCAUAAAAAUGAAAGCCUCGUUCCGCUCAUGCUGGCUCGCUAGUAAAACUGAAAUCCAAACCUACAGUUUUGGUUUCACUUUCCGCUCGGGAAUAAUUGAUGGUUAUGAACAAUCGUCCUGUGGCUAGCUCCUAUGGGCCGUCGUUUAAUCUAUGAUGUCAUAGACCACAGUAAAAGAGAGGAGGCCUUAAACACCAGAGGAGAGAGAGAGCAAUUAUUAUACAAGAUUGUAGACUCCCAGCUGCAUAGUACAAGGGAAUAAUACUUGGCUUGUAUAUUAAUGGCAGCAUUGGCCAGAAAUCGCAAAGGUAUUUUUUGCCAUUUUAUAAAGGUGUUGCAGUGCCCUUUUAGGUGUGUGUAUUAGGUACUUGACUGGGUUCGCCCUUCGUAUAAGACUGCAGCGUGUGCCUUCUGCAAAGAGCUUUGCAUAAGCAUUCUUGGCACACAGGAAAAAAGUUGAUUGUUCUAGUUAUACUGCUUAGACGCUCAUUAAUGAGAACAAACUAUAUCUAUUUUGCCUACACAGACGUUGAUGACAAUGUCGCCGAAGCUUUGCUGACAUCAUGCUUUGUAGCUUCUUUAUAAGCAUCUGUGCAAUCAUUCCAUGCUGUACACGUCAAAGCACAUUUUCAUGUUUAUACAGAUUGGUAACUAGCAUUUAAACGUCUCGCUGCUGUCACUGGCAGUUUUUGCAAUUGCCUGGGAAACAGAGACUGCAUUUUGAACAAGUCCAGCUAUCAGAGUGAUUAAUAUUGCUUGUUGGCGAAUUGUGUGCUGCAAUUCCAGUGAUUUUGUGUGCAUUACGAGGAAGGAAAUGCGGUCAAAUUUUGACACCUCCUAUCUCUUAGACAGCCGCUUAUGGAGUUUUACUUAAUCAUGAUCAGAGUUUGUUUUAAAUGAUAUUUUUUAGAAUUUCAGUAAUGUACCAAGAAUUUUGGAGAUUCGUUUGACUGCGGUUGGCCCUAUUGGAAAGCUGUGAUGAUAUCCAAUCCACCAUUGCACUUGUGGAAGCUUAUGAAGUAUUGUCAAAGAAGAUAAAUUGAGGACUUGGAAUGCACGCUGUCCAUUUUGCAACUGCCAUUUGUGAUUACCAAUGUGCCUUGCAGAAUUGGGACACAUUUUUUCAUUUUUAUUUCUGCAAAAAUUUCUAGCACUUUUUGCCGCGUGCCAGCUUCAAGCAGCCUUAGCCGUGCCUACACAAGUGCAGUUGGCUUUCAAUAAUUUAUCUUCGCUUGACUUGACCUGCUGCAAACGUUUCUCUGCCUUAUUUCAAUCAGACAAAAGCAGGAAAUGAAUGCGCCUCUCACUGACCUGAAACUCUUAUUCCCAUGUUUCUUCCUUAGUUGCAUUCAGGUUUAACCCGCCAUUGUGGUGUAGUGGCUUUGGCAUUGCGCUGCUAAGCCCGAGGGCGCGGGAUCAAAUCCCGGCCACAGUGGCCGCAUUUCGAUGAGGGCAAAAUGCAAAAACACUGGUGUACCAUGUAUUGGGUGCAUGUCAAAGAACCCCAGGUACUAGUCCAAAUAAAUAUAGCGUGCCUCAUAGAAUCACAUUGUGGUUUUGGAACGUAAAAUGCCAGAAUUUAAUUUAAUUGCAAUGAAUCUUGGCCCCUUUGAGAAUGUUCUAUUUCUGAUUAGCCCCUCAUUACUCUUAGUUCUCCUUCAAAACACAAUUAGGUCACAGGGCAGUCUGGGCUGUUUCCAGUCAGACUUGUACUGUUUCACAUGUCGAAGGAAAUUUCGUGAUGUUGACUCAUCGAACCAUUUUACAUUGUCUUUUUUCUUUUUAAUAUCUGUUUGUCCUUCUUCUGCUUCUUGUAAUGUUUGAAAACAACGAGAUGAAACACUUUUCCAUUUUUGUAUGCUGAGGUGCUAAACAUACUAGUAUGUACACCGUGUGAGGAUUUUAUAAAGAAAAGGUUUCUUGCCAUUGCCAAAGUUAGAUUAUGACGAGCGUUGUAAGUAGCAUAGACAAAUAGUUUAGUGAGAAUCAUUUUUAACCACAAUUAUUUGUGUUGCUGCUUGUAUCUCCAAACUUGUUGUCAUAGCACAACAGUGUCAGGGAGUCACGUACAGUAAUAAUUAUUAGGCAAGCUAUGAAAAGUGUGUUUAAAAAAUUGCAAGUAUUUGUCUGGUGUAUUGAAUAUUGCGUCACUUUUUUAUUGUGCUCUGCAGUAGUAGACAAGUUUUGUGCUUAUCAGAUGUCAGUAAUGUUAAAAUGCAAAAAUGAAAGCAGGGUUACUAAGUCAACAUAUUUUUCCUGUCCAGAUUCCAACACAGCUGCUCACAGAUGUUGUCAUGGGAAAGUUCAUUUUUAACACAAUUGUGUGUUGCUCACUUUUUUGUGUGUGUGUUCCGUUUGGCAAGCUAGUCUCACUACAAACGUGAUGGCAAAUAGUGCAAAGAAAUUGAACUUUAUUUUGUCUUGGGUAAAAUAUAUACAUUGAAAGCACAAAGAAAAAAAAGAAAAGAAAAACACAUUUAGAUCACUAGUUCAAUGCUAGUUGUAAUUCAUAACAAAAUUCUGUAAAGGAAACGAUACAGGUGGAAAAUUAGGCAUACUCAAUACUAGGCAUAUAGCUUUACAUGAGAAAGGUAAAGAAUGCAAUACAAGAAAUGCACAAAAAUCUUUGCAAUGCACAAUGUAUGGUAGACAGUAUUCAAAUGUGGAACAUUAUAAAAUAAACUAGCAUGCAUCAGAAAAAGCCUGUAGGCAGUGAAUAUAACCUGAAAUGGAGGAAAGGAGAUCAACAUAGCGAAUUUCUAGUGGUGUUUAAAAAUUAGCUGCCUGUUUUACUUCUGUGGGGUGACUGUUCCGCCUGGACUGUGCCAACACUUAAGGUUCUUACCAUACAUUUUGCAAACUUUUGGAACUAGGAAAUUUCUUUUAUAGUGAGCUGCGUGUAUUGAAUCCUCAGUGAAUAAUGAAUGCACCAAGAGAUAAGACAAAUCAUACAUAGCAGAAAAAAAAAAGUAUAAGCACUCGUAUCUUGAUGCGCAUGUGAAUAGAGCUAAUGUCAAGAAUCACUUCUUUGCACUGUUUUUGCCAUCGCGAAUGCUCACUGUCUCACUAAACUUUCUGUGCUUUUCACAGACAGCCUUUUUUUUUUUUUUUUUUUUUGCAAAUGAGCAGUUGCUCUGCAUCAGCGAUCACGGGCACAUUGAGACUUGAAUCCCACGAUUGUUGCUAUAACUUAGAAUGUAAUAGUUUGAUCGUUGCGCAACCUAGUGUCCGUUUCCUCGGCAAAUAUGAAAGGUGAUGGCUUUACUCAUAAAUCAAAACGUUGCUGUCACAUUUUGAAUCUAGAAGGCGUUUUGUAUCAGGCUUCUUAACUUUCUUUCAGUGUGGUGUUUAGUGCAUGUUCUAACCAUUUUUGGUCAUGCACAGGUUGUAUUGCUGCCCAUCUUUCUAUGUCAUUGUGCGCUUUUUACAUGUUAACCUGAGCCUUUUAUCGUGAUAUUCAGCCUGUUAUCCAGUGUGCUCGUUCUAAACAAUUUCAAAAAAUAAUUUAUUGAAUGUGCCUCAAUCCACUUCACAGGUUAGUGCUUGUUGUUCCCAGUACAAGCUUGCUGUGCCUUUUGAUGUGUCUGAUCAUGCCUAUCUGAUACCCUCUUUACACGGGCACUCUCAACUGCCAUUGAGCUGAUGGCAGUUGAUGUCAAUGGCAGUUUACCAAAUUUACACGGCAACUCCAACUGUAAUUGACAUCUCAACGAUCGUCGGCCUCAAUGGAUGUCGAUGGUCUCUGUUGACAGUCCCUGAACGGAGCAGUUGACAGUCCCUGAACGGAGACGGGAAGAUGGCAGCCUCCGUGGAUGAAAACGUGCCACCCGCAGCUGCCGAUGCUGCGAAGCGUUUCGUGUGGACAAGGUCCAUGACGGACAUGUUACUACACAUGUCUCACCAACUAAAAAAUCUAACGGCUCCGACUCAGAUUCGCGUUAAAAUUUUUCCCACUAGGUAUGUUUUGCAAAGAAAGAGAAAUGUUACAGCGCAAUAAUAAAUAAAACAGAUUUUAAAGAUAACCAUGCAAAAGUAGCGAGGAAAUAUGCAAUAAUUUAUCGCAUAUUACUCUCGAUUCAGCGCGCUCACGUGAUAGCAAAAUUUAACGCGAAAGUCCAUGUAAGUGCAGUUAACAGUCAAUCACUUCAAUGCCAGUUUGAAAGUUCAACUGUCGUUGAUUUCGAUGGUCGUUCAGGGUGACCGUGUAAAGAGGGUAUAAUACCUGCCGUGGUGGCUCAUUCGCCAUGGCGUUGUGCUGCCCAGCACGAGGUUGUGGGUUCGAUUCCUGCUCGCAGUGGCCGCAUUGAAAUAGGGAGGUCAUGCACUGAUGUGUAGGUUUACGUUAAAGAACCCCAGGCGAUCAAAAUUAUUCCGGAGCCACUAACUCCAGUGUCUGGCAUGUUGCUUUGGGACGUUGAACACCAUGAAUAGAUGAAUCAAUCAGUCAUGCCUAAUUAGAGUCAAACCUUGAUAUUGUUUAUAUAUACAAUGGAUAUAUUUACUAGAUAAACCGCACAAUGCUACAGCAAUGGUUCAGGAGAGCGCGUGCACACCAGAAAGCCACGCCGUCGUCGUCGUCAUCGUCUAAGCACCGACCACAGGAUCGCCGCUCGUGACAAUAUAACAAAUUAUUGGAUAUAACGAAGUAAAUCUAAAGCGUUUCUCACUGAUAUGAGUGUGUAGCGAACAUGUGGUUGUAGCAAAUAUUGGCUAUAGUGAAGGUAUUUUCAUGUCAGGUCCGACUUCGUUAUGACAAGGUUCAACUUAUUAGUACUGAUCGAGGCUUGACCUAGUUUGUACAUUGUACAGAUGUGGUGUACUUUUUUGUGUCUUCAUGGCCUCAUCUUUCUCGCGCCAUUGCAUCUAUUAUAUAAUUAAAGCAGCUGUCAGCAACACAAACAGCUUUUCUGAUGCACACAUUCUUAAUUGUUUACUUUAGAAAACCUUUCAUUAUUGUUCUCAAGUUCUAUCAGAAGUUUAUCUUAUUUGAUUAGCGGAACAUCAAAAAAAAAGGAACUCCUUUCUCUAACAUGUAGUUGCAGGACCUCUGCAACGUUGCUUUUACGAGAGAGUAGAAAAUGGAUAGCUUUUAAGUAAAGCCAUUGCGUAACAUAAAAUGGCAAUGGGUAGCCUCGUAAUAAUUUAUGGGGUUUAAUGCUUUAAAUCUACAUUGCUAGCUAUGAGGAAUGCCGCAGAAAGGUGGGGAGGAGGGCACUGUAGAUUAAUGAUUAAUUAGCACUUGGGGUUACUUAACAUAUAUCUAAAUUGAAUUUUAUGAACAUUUUUGCAUUUCGUGCCCAUCAGAAUACGACACCAAGGCACCUAGACUUGACCUAGCAACCUCGUGUGCAAGCAUACCAUAGCCACUGAGCCAUCAUCAUGGCUUGAGGAUGCUUUUCCUGAGGUCAACAAUGGAAUAUAGAGCUUCUCUCAAUGUAGUACUCUUUUCCUAUAUUCUGAAAGUCUUGCAGGUAAGGCUGUUUCAUAGUAAAGUAUAUUUAACUGACUAUUUAGCAGUUAAUCAAAUAAUUACUAAACAGAGUUGUGAACUUCUUUUCCUGAAAGAAGCUUGUUUGUCUUCACAAAAUGAAACUAUACGUUGUGGCGUCAUAAGGAGGUCAAGAGAUAACGCCAGCAGGUACAAAACAUGCCAACAGACCAAAUAUUACAGUUAUAUGUAUUGGCAUGGCUAAGCUAAGUUUGUUGUUCUUUUCACACGAAGAUGUUUGUUUUUCUCUGUGAAAGUUAUAGAUGCUGCUCACGUAGGUGCAAAACCUGAAAAUAAUUUAUGAGAAUUUCUCACGUUCUAAUUUUGGGACGUUCUGCUAAUACAAGAGUGCAACUGUUGUACUGGUGUAUGCAGUAAUUAUAUUGAACCAGAAUGCAAACCAUGUACACUUCAUUGUAAUAUUAAUUGCUCAUGCUAUUUUGCAAGAGAAAUUCAACAGUGAAGAGGGCAAAAAGCAAUUGUUUAUUUUUUUAUUUUGCAGGAUCUGUAGUGUUACUUAAUUUACAUUUAGCGAUUGGUUGGGUCAUUAUAAUGUCGCACCAUCUGCUUGUGGUGAAACAAAAGGAAAGGCUGAAAAACGUGCUUGUUUUCACUAUAUGCAAGAAAAGAAAGGAUCAAAAGUGCUUUGGUAACCACCUCCCCAAUGCCUUUCAUCACUGGCUGCUUUAAGAAGUGGAGCACUGAUUAGCCCAAACAUGUGCGAAAUGCAUGUACUUUAUGGGUAACACUCCAACAAGAUGUGCUGUCUGGAGUUGUACAGUUAAACCUGCUUAUAACGAACCUCCAUAUAACGAAUUCCUGGAUAUAACAAAAUUUUUUUAUUCCCCGCCAUUACUCCAUAGAAGCACAUGUAUUUGAGACCUCUACGUAACGAAGUGGCAGCGGGAGACCCCCUCGAUAUAACGAAUUUUCGCCGCCGACAAUCUAGAGAUUUCUCCCCAAAUUUUGUCAUUUUUGCGCGAGCAGCAACCGGAAGCACCUUCUCCGCCGCGACGGAAUGCGAAGCGAGCGCACGCGGGCCUGCAUCCCUCAACCCGGCGAUCUUGCCGUCGCGGGCGUGACCUUUCCCCCUCCCUUAAUUCAAACCUGAUCCUGCCGCUUGCUGCAGCUGGCCUAGCCUGCCAAGCCGGCACUCUCCUUUUCCAGUUGAUGUUGCCGACGUGCUGGCAGACGCUGUAACACGUCACACUCGAUAAGGGCGGACACGCGCUGUCAAACGCAGGAGGCGUGUGGAAGCGCCGCUGCAGAAGCGAGUGAAGUGACCUUCGUGCUGUUGUCUAUCGCUUCAACGCACACUGAGCGCCGAGAACACACAGCACGCACAAAGCUAUGAGCUGCUGACGCACCUACUGCCUAGACUCUGCCCCAACACAGAUCGCUUUCAAGAUACGGCCCGCGCGCCGCCGCACAGUACGCAGUUGAUGCCAGAGUACAGUACAAUGCCGCCCGCUAUCCCUCCCCCCUCGCUCCCUCGCCGGUGCCUCGAGCGCAACGGAAGAAGGCGCGCUUCCUCCCUGCUUUUCUUUCGUGCGCGCGCGAGAUUUAGACGCGGUCGUCGGCUCCCCUCGCACGUUUUCACUCGCACAUACAGCAUACGGCGCGCGGCGACUGCGUUAUCGCCCUUGGACUUUAUACGGAACAUGUAUGAGCCAAAACCAAUUUUAGGGCCACAACGCGUCAUAGACACCAUCUUUAGAUAGCAAAUACGGAUCUCAAGGGCCAUACUUUUGCUGGCGGAAACCAAAAAUACGUCAUAGUUGUCGCCCCCGGCACUUUGGGCGGCCAAUGCCAUCGUCAAGUCACCAAGCCAAGCGACAUGAAAAGUCAAAAUGGCCGCUCGGGCCGGCAUGGGGUGGCAGUUCGCAACGUACGAUGCGGGAAUGGUCCCACAGUUGCGACGCAACAGCGGGGUUACCCCUUGGGGUUACCAAUGCAUUGGGUUCUAUGGGAGCUGUGUCGGGACCAGCCGAAAACGACGUAACAGCCGGGAAAAUGCAGCACCCGGGAACGUAACAACGGGGUUCUACUGUAACACUAUACGAGGCUACGACGCCAUCGUGACGCUCGCUCUUCGUUUCCGAUGCCUCGCGCUUGAACGAAACGACACAUGUCCACGCAUCCAGUACGUACCUGGGCCGGUAUUGUGUAGCGAUGCCUUUAAAGUAAUAAUGCCUUUUCGCACUUAUCGCGCUUUGUCAGUGGUCGGAGCGACGGUCCGCUCGCGUUAUCAAUGGGAUCCGCCGGCCGUGAGCGGUGGAUGAUAAGACUAGAGUAGAAUAAGUCAUAAUGCCUCGCUACGAAAUCGUGGCUCUGGUGUGACAUUCCAAGGAUGAGUGCUUCGACGAAAACGGAAAACGGGUGCGCUUUACAAUCGAGAGCGCGUUAGAAUCGAGUAAAUACGGUAAGCGUUUCUUUUUCGAAUUUUCGGGCCGAACCUCCAUAUAACAAAAUCCUCUUUAUAACGAAGUUUUUCGGGAAUUUGUCAAUUUCUUUAUAUCCAGGUUUAACUGUAGUACAUGCUGACGUAAGGCGCUGCACUUAUCUUAAAAUAACAACCCGUACAGCUGAGCUGUCAGAUGUUCAAAUUCACAAUGCAAAUGUGUAAAAGUUGUCUGCACUGCUUGCUUCAAGAAUGCUGUGCACGUGACCGUGGAAUGAACAAAGGUGUGUGCAAUGGCAGCACACCCUCACACACCCCGUCGAGCACUCCUGCUAUCAUACUAUUAUGGACAACGAAAACAUGAACAGGAUGGUGCUAACUAGAUUAUACUUUCCAUUUUCACCAACCAUUCUGACUGGUGUCCAUGUGAUUUUGGCAUGUACGCUCACCUACACAUAUUUUGUGACCAGACAGUUGGUGUGAAAUUGCAAAUGCUCCUGAUAUGGAUAUUAUUUGUCUGCAGUAUGCUGUAGUACUAGUGGCAGUCUGCAAAUCACUCAGCAAACAUAGAAUUCUCGCCUAAGGACAUACUGGGUGUGAUUGUAGUAUAUAUUGUAUACUUUCUUGUGAAAUCAUACGGCUGUGAAUCUGUAAGGCUGUGAUGAUAUUGGUUGUAUUGAAAUAUAUUUGGCAUACUGGUUCUGGUUAUUUUUUUAAUAUAACUAAGCCCUUACCGGAAAUGUAAACUGCCACAAGGUAAAAAUUAAGAUGUGACAAUGAAAUAAUAGCUUGCGAUUGCAGAACAUAUUGUGGGAACUGUGGUCCAGCAGCUUCUUUUCUGUAUCCUGUUGCAACACUGUGCACCACCUUUUAAAGUGUGUAACUAAGGUCACAUAUUCUGUAAAGGCCCUAAACUUUUUUUAUGUUGGUUGGUGUUUGAAAUGUAUAAGGUACAUAUGAUGGUGUGGCGCUUUCUUACCGCAGCUGAUAUAAUCUAUACAAACUUCUUUAAAACCAUUAGACCCGCCGUGGUUGCUCAGUGGCUAUGGUGUUGGGCUGCUGAGCACGAGGUCGCGGGAUCGAAUCCCGGCCACGGCGGCCGCAUUUCGAUGGGGGCGAAAUGCGAAAACACCCGUGUACUUAGAUUUAGGUGCACGUUAAAGAACCCCAGGUGGUCCAAAUUUCCGGAGUCCCCCACUACGGCGUGCCUCAUAAUCAGCACUGGUUUUGGCACGUAAAACCCCAUAAUUAAGUUUUUCUUUUUUUAAACCAUUAGCUGUUCUGGCAAGGUCCAUGCUCAAGUUCAAUUUCUCAGGUGUUAUUGAUCAAUUUUAUUGUGUUUAAAUGCUUCUCUGGUUGUGGUUUUUGUCGUGUCUAGUCAGGUAUAGUUUGUUGUGUGAUGAUGCAUAAAGUAUUAUUGUCGCCUAGUUUGUGUGGUCUCAUUAAAUAUUGUCACGGUUACACACCACUGCUGGCUGAAUUCCACAUUCAUACACAUGUAGUUGCCAUAUG